AAAUGAAUUCCUGGAAUGACUCAAACUCAAACUCAUAGCGAUCCUCACUUUGCUCUCUUUCAGGUGAUUGAUAUUGAUCCCUUCUGGCUGCCCACAACCGAGGAAGAACUCAUGCAUUUCGGCGAGAAGGCCGACUCCGCGAAUCGGGCCAAAGUCUACAUGGACAGUGUGCGACGUCGCAAGGGUCUCUUCGUGGAUGAGCAGGUGGUGGAGCAUGCCGAGAAACAGCGCACGCUCUCCAAGAACAAGUAGACAGUGAGGCUAAGAUACCAACAACAUACAUUGUAUUGUUGCUAGAUGUCAUCAACGGUUGUUGAUUUUGGAUUAAAUGAUUGCGAUUUAUCAUUCCCUGGCAUGAGAUAUCAUCAGCGUUGCUAAAAAAAAAUUAAAUAAACUGUUAACUGAUAUUUAAUAAAAA